AUCGAAAUGUAAAGUGACGCCAUCGAGAGUCCGCGUACGCGUUGCCACUUCGGGAUCGCUGACUGUGUGCGGUGAGGCUGAGGUUGUAUGAUGAAAGACGACAACAGAAAUCCCCAUGCUCUGCUUGAGUCUGGCCUUCAAAUUGAACGGUGAUUGGAAGGGAAAAAGCCGUCGGUCAGACGUAUAAACUCUUGAAGAGGCUGUCGAGCUUGCGCAACUUCCUUAUCAACGCUUUGAUCCACCCCUCCGCGGAGAUGACGCUCUCCGCCUCUUCUCUCAGCGGCUCCAUGUACUAGAUAUAUGCGGCAAGGUUGUAUAACGCAUGUGUGAACGCCCACUAAGCGUAUGGAUCGCGUCAAAAUCCACGAGCAGCACGUUCUCGACAAUCAAAGGCCUCCCGUUCGCACGCGCUUCCUCGAGCACCCACUGGAGCAUCAGGAUGUCGCACGGCUUGUCGUCUCACUCUGCCCCAUUCCCAGCCAUCAUCCACCGUCGCUCCUGGAGCAUCGGCAUGAGAGUAUUUUUGUUCUUCGACACCAUCGGUACCGCUUUCACGAUGAGUAGUUUGAGAAGUCAGGGAAUAUAUCAAGGACGAUACAAAGACGUCUUUCGUGAAGUUGAUGGCAACUUCGAGAUACUUCGGAUCUUGACCUUGGCACGUCACAUUCAACGAACACUAGCAUCGGCACGGGCAGCGGGUGGGCACGAGGAGAGGCCAGGGAAUCGGGGAGCGGGGCAAGGCGAAGUUGGUGCCAUGAAGUCCACGACGGCGGCGGAGAGAGGAAUACGCGAAACUCAGCGGCGGGCUGGGGCAUGCUCUGACCGACUCGAGGAAACGUCCUACGUGCUCGCGCGGAAGGGUAUUACUAGGUCGUCCGCAUAGAGGUCCCCGUUCAACAGGACGAACGCGAUCGUCGAGGAAGCCGAGGUGGGGUGUGGG